AUGCGGCCUUUUGCUGUUUUCAAAACCAUCACCUUGGUGACCCUGAGCGUCCCAGCGACGGUCGCGAUCGCGAUCGGCCCUUUGGCUGGCGAUGUGACCGACCAUGCCCGCAAUGAAGGCUCUGGAAUCGCCCCUCAAGUCGCCAAUCGCGCCGGGACCAAGGCCGAGGGUUUAGAUCACCUCGAGGCGCGUAGCGCAACGCCAGCGAUCAAGCUACGUCGUGGUCAAGGUUUGCGCGAGGCGCAGGAUUCACCGUCGUCUUCGCAGCUGCGAGGGAAUCGUCUGGGUUGUCCCGCGUGCGCUUCUUCUUCUUCCGGUUGCAGCAGAUGCACGGAAACCCUCCGGGAGCAGGCCGCGGCCUGGAACGCUCGAUCUGAACAAGACAGUGCUCUCCGGGCCAAGGCCGACGCCGUCAGGGCUCAGCACGACGCCGCACUGUCGUCGAGGCUCUCGGUUCUGUCAAAAGAGAGGCGGGAUUAA